GUCGCAAACCCCCUAAUCAGAAGGUACGUUCGAUGAGUGUCGUCAGGCCAACCUGAGUGGGCGGGGCUUGCUUGGCAUUGUCUUUCGCAAUCUCUCCAAUUGCGAGUUAGUGGGUUCGCGCCUCCGCCAGACCCCUUUUUUUCCCGCGACAUUGCGUGAGAGAAACAACCUGCGUGGAUUUGAGGAGACGCCAGCCGAGGGGAGCGUGGCUGCAAGCUGCAUUUUCGUAGACGAGGACAUGGGCUCCGUUUCCAAGCAGGACUUCCCAGCAGGAGUGUGCAAGGCCGACGAGGACUGUGGCCCCAGCAGCACCGCGGAGGAAGAAGAGUCCACGCAGUCGCUCCUUGGCCUCGGCGUGUGUAAGUGGUUCAACGUGCGGAUGGGCUUCGGCUUCCUGGCCAUGAGCAGCCGGGAGGGCGCGCAGCUGGACGAGCCCGUGGACGUGUUCGUGCACCAGAGCAAGCUCCACAUGGAAGGCUUCCGCAGCCUGAAGGAAGGCGAAGCCGUGGAGUUUACCUUCAAGAAGUCCUCCAAGGGUCUGGAGUCGCAGUGGGUAACCGGUCCGGGCGGCGCCCAUUGUGUGGGCAGCGAGCGCCGACCCAAAGGCAAGAAAGUCCAGAAGCGACGCUCGAAAGGAGAUCGGUGCUACAACUGCGGCGGCCUGGACCACCACGCCAAGGAGUGCAAGUUGCCGCCCCAGCCCAAAAAGUGCCACUUCUGCCAGAGCAUCGAUCACAUGGUGGCCAGCUGCCCGAUCAAAGCGCAGCAGUCUUCGCCGGGGUCUCAGGGAAAGCCUUCGUCCUUGAAGGGGGACGAGGAGGCGGAGGAGGACCGCGGACCUUCCUCUGCUGCGACUCCGCCGCCGCCGCCUCCUCAGGAGCCCUCUGAUUAGGUGGGGUAGGUGAUGUUGGGGGCGUGGGGGUGUUGUGGGUAGCACAGUUGCCAAUCAAACUGGUUUCCUGUAAGGUCGGCCGCCGCCUCCUUCCUGAAGCUUCUUUUUUGGAACUACCUCAGGUUGAAAAAUGGUCCCGAGAAGAAUGUUGUCGAUUUUUUUUUCUUUUUUUUUUUUGUUGUUGUUGCGACUCUUUUUCUGUUAUUGAUCACACUCAGGAACACUGCGGUUUUAUUGCACUCUUUGAGGAAGAGGAUCUUCAUCAUCCUAAUAUACAAUCUGCUGUUUGUUUCCCCGUAUGCUGCUCUACCUCUACCUCGUUCAUUUUUUUUUUUUUUUUUUAAACUCAGGUCAUCUCAUCGCACACUUUAGCUGCCUUAUGACCAGAGAUGUGAUAGUUGGGGGGGGUAAGGGAGGGAUAGGGGGAGGGUAGUAUUACCACGACGCUUCUAUUGCAGUCGGCCACGUUGAAUGUCAAGAUCGGAAGCUUCUUCAGCUUUUGAUCGGCCUUUUUGUUUUUGCUAUCAGACACUAUCAGUACUAAUCACCUCAACCACGCAAAAAAAUGUAAUCAGACGCUAAAGCUCGCAUGAAUCCAUGGCCGCUCCUCGAAACGACGGAUGUCUCCGUUUUUUCGUUUUUUUUCCUUCUUUCUCUCCUCUCUUCGAGAUCUAGUUAUCGAAACCCUCAGGAACAAGCCUGCGCGGAGCAGCCUGUAGACCUACCUCGCUAAUCGGCGUCAUACUCCCGUUUUACAGGAGACUGCCACGCCCAAUUAAUAUAUACUGUAUGUAAAAAAAAAUUUUUUUUUUUGUAAGGAGAAAUCAAUGCUACGUAUUUAUUUUCAUCCGAGAUGUGCUGCAGUUUCUCAGGAAUCGUGAAAGAAUGUUUGUCCUUGGAGUUCCCAGCAGUAGACCUUAGGGCCGGGUGAUUGGUUGAUUGCAGGGGUGUCCAAAACUAGGCUUGAUGUUUAAUUGGCAUUUUAUAAAAGUAUAUUAUUAGAUAUUACACAAAUUUGCUUUGUCACCUAUCACACCCCCCUCGUGUGCGGCCCUCUGUGGUAAACUUUGGACACCCCUGUUUUACACGAUCAGGGUUAAAUGUAGUCCAGCAGAGGCACUCUUCAUACAGUCCCCACUACAGGUAAAAGCCAGUAAAUUAGAAUAUUUUGGAAAAACUUGAUUUAUUUCAGUAAUUGCAUUCAAA